AUGUUAAUUCGACUAUGUUCUACAACUUCAGAAAAAGCUUACUACAUUUACUACAUCGAAUCAGGCAGCAGCCUGAAGCACUACUCACUAUUAGAACUGAGCCUGGUUGGGAAGUCGCGGCAGAGCCCGGGCCACCACCUCGGAGCAGAAGAUGCUGUGCCUCCCACGUACGUCGAUCUUGGCAAACCUGCCCGAGAUUUCUUCACCAAGGGCUAUGGGUUUGGUUUAAUAAAGCUCCAUUUGGAAACAAAAUCUGAGAGCGGAUUGGAAUUUGCAAGCUCAGGUUCCACCAGCACAGAGACCACCAAGGUGACAGGCAGCCUGGAAACCAAGUACCGAUGGACCAAGUCUGGGCUCACGUUCACUGAGAAAUGGAACACGGACAACACGCUAGGCACCGAGAUCACCGUAGAAGACCAGCGCACACGUGGCCUGAAGCUGCCCUUUGAGUCAUCCUUCUCUCCAAACACUGGGAAGAAAAAUGCUAAAAUCCAGACAGGGUACAAACGGGAACACAUCAACCUGGGCUGUGACAUGGAUUAUGACAUCACUGGGCCUUCCAUCCGGGGAGCCCUCAUGCUGGCCAAGGAGGGCUGGCUGGGGGGCUACCAGAUGAACUUUGAGACUGCCAAGUCAUGCAUGACCCAGAGCAACUUUGCGGUUGGCUACAAGACUGAUGAGUUCCAGUUUCACACGAACGUAAAUGACGGGACAGAGUUUGGUGGCCCCAUAUACCAGAAGGUGAACAAGAAGUUGGAGAUGGCCGUUAAUCUCGCUUGGACUGCAGGCAACAGCAACACUCACUUCAGCAUAGCUGCCAAGUAUAAGAUCGACCCCGAUGCCUGCUUGUCAGCUAAAGUGAACAAUUCCAGUCUGAUACGCUCAAGAUACACUCAGACCCUAAAGCCAGGUAUCAAACUGACACUGUCAGCUCUGCUGGACAGCAAGAAUGUCAAUGCGGGUGGCCACAAGCUUGGUCUAGGACUGGAAUUUCAAGCAUAAAUGAAUACUGUACAAUCAUUUAAUUUUAAACUAUUUUGCAACAUAGCUACCUUCAGAAUUUAGUGUACCUUUUAAAUGUUGUCUGUCUGGGAUGCAAGUAUUGCUAAAUAUCAUGUUAGACCUCCAGGUUCAAGAUGAUUCAGCUUACAAGUGUUACUCUUUCAGAGGUACAGAAAAAUCCAAUUCCAAAAAAAAAAAAAAAG